AUGGAUAAAGCUAUUGUAAAGGGACUCAACGAUAAACUCUAUGAGAAACGGAAAGCUACUGCUAUCAAUUUGGAGAAACUCGUGAAACAAUGUUUAGCCGAAGGGAACUACGAUCGCGUUGACGCCAUCUUGGACGAGCUAUGCAGGGACUUCGCAUAUGCGUUGCAUCAACCCAUGGCCCGAAACGCGGGUUUAAUGGGGCUGGCAGCAGGGGCCAUUGCGUUAGGCUCGACGGAGGUAGCGCGCUAUUUGGACCGAAUUCUUCCGCCUGUACUAGCUUGCUUUGGGGAUCAAAAUGAUCAGGUUCGCUUUUAUGCGUGUGAAAGUCUGUAUAACAUUGCCAAGAUCGCGAAAGGAGAAAUCCUGGUAUAUUUCAACGAGAUUUUCGACGUACUCUGUAAAAUCAGCGCUGAUACAGAGUCAUCGGUAAGGGGAGCCGCUGAGCUGCUCGAUCGGUUAAUAAAAGACAUUGUUGCGGAACGUGCUUCGAAUUAUAUAAGCAUUGUAAGCAGCAAUCCAGAAGAUCUGUCGCCUGCAACACGCACUGAUCCUCAAACUGGUGAGGUAUUACAGGAGGAGUACAAACAAGAGCCUCAGUUUGCAUUCUCGCUGCCUAAAUUCAUUCCCUUACUGACAGAACGGAUCUAUGCUAUAAACCCGGACACGAGGAUGUUCUUGGUGUCAUGGCUACAAGUCUUGGAAAACAUUCCUGAUUUGGAGCUGGUCACCUACCUACCCUCCUUUUUAGGUGGCCUUUUCACCUUUCUUGGUGACACUCACAAGGAUGUUCGAACCGUGACGCAUUCCUUAAUAGACUUGCUACUUCAUGAAACGCAGCGUAUCUCUGAAGUUAAAGCCAUUGCUAAAAAAAAAAUAGAUGAGAAAGCUCAAAAACGGCUGGUGUCAGAAGAGUCCUCUAUAAAGAAACAAGAUGGGCUUUCCAUCAGCGAAAGAAAGAAGUCUCUGCUAACCGCUUUUGAACAGCUUGCGGUCAAAGAUUCGCCACACGUACCUAAGAAUAGAUCAGCUUCUGGUGGAGAUGAACUUAAGACCACCGAGAUUUCCGAACCAACUUCGGCUACAGAGAACUUGGAAAAGGCGGGCUUGGGGGCCACUAAGAUGCUUGAAUCAAUAGAUUCUAACGAUGGUGAUCUCUAUAAUCCUGGCCAGGACAUUCAUUUAGACUUUCCUAAAAUUAUCGAGAUACUCAUUAACACUCUCACUUCUUCGGAGCCUGAAAUCCAACUAGUGGUUUUGACGUGGAUAGACACUAUACUGGAUAUCUGUCCCUCUGCAUUUUUACCAUUCCUAUCCCGAUUAUUGUCACUUCUUUUGAAGAUUUUAAGUGAUGUUGAUCAAAGAGUCCGAAAACUGGCCCGGGCGGUAAACGAAAAGCUUAUUGAUUUGACAGGUAAGUUCGAUUAUAAAGAUGGACCCGACGCCAUAAAUUACGGGCCUAUAGUUAACACCCUCACGUUGCACUUUUUGGAUAGUGACGUCGUCGCUAAAGUUGCGUGCCUCGAAUGGCUGAUCUUGAUUUAUCACAAAGUUCCUAAGCAGCUAUUAGAACACAGUGACAGCACCUUUCUGACCUUAUUGAAAUCUCUCUCUGAUAAGGAUAACCAGUUGAUUUCGAAAGCUUUGGAUUUGUUAGGGGAUUUGUGCAAUAAUUCGAAUGACGAAUAUUUCAAAAAGUUUGUAGGAGAACUACUGCUUCUUUUCAAAAACGAUGGGAGGCUUAUGAAAACAAGAGCCAGUCACAUCUUUAGACAACUCGGUAUAAAACUUUCCACCGAAAAGGUGUACAAUGUGAUUUCGUCCAUUUUAGAAAAAGAAGAAGAUAUUCUGUUCGUGCGGAUGAUGAUUCAGAUACUCAAUACCAAUUUGAUCACGGCCCCAGAGUUCGAAGGUUUGAGAAAGAAACUGAAGGCCGAUACUGAUAGUGACUUCUUUUCUUGCCUUUUUAAGUCAUGGUCACAUAACCCAACCUCUCUACUUUCUCUUUGUUUAUUGGCAGGCAAAUAUGAACUUGCGUACUACGUCCUACAGACUUUCGUGGAAUAUGAACUAUCAGUGAAUGAUUUAGUGCAGAUAGACAUUUUAGUUCAAUUGCUAGAAUCUCCGGUUUUCACUAGCCUACGGCUGCAAUUGUUGGAGCAGGAGCGUUUCCCGUACCUUUACAAAUGUCUAUAUGGCAUUUUGAUGGUACUGCCACAAUCCAAAGCUUUCCAAAUACUCAACACCAGACUCAGUAGUGUCAGCGCACUAGCAGCCCGUAAAAUUCCAUCUAGUCCUGUUUACAAGCUCAAUAACGGGUCCGGAAAUUUAAGUGUUGGCGUUUCACAAGAAUCUAUUAAUUCCAAUAAUUCCAUCCAUCAAAAGACGGCAAAAUUUCAAGGCCUUUUGGACCACUUUAAAAACGUUUGUGAUGCUGAGUUGAGCUCAAGUAAGUCAAACGCAGUUGAAGACACACACUUUGCGCUUCUAGAUCACGUCUUGAAGAGUGAGGCUUCUUUUGGGAGUUCAAGCUCUCCAGUGAAUGGAACCGAAAACGAGAAUGACGACACUCAAUCGGUCAUCUUUCAUGGAUAA